AUGCUCGCAACGAAACACCCUCCCAUCUCCCUCCUCUCCCGUCGCCUUCCUCUCUCUUGUCGCCUUCCUCUCUCCCGUCGCCUUACCUCUCUCCCGUCGCCUUCCUCUCUCUUAUCGUCUUUCCUCACUCUCGCCGCCUUCCUUCUCUCUCGUCGCCUUCUUUCUCUCCUGUCGCCUUUCCUCUCUCUCGUUGCCUUCCUUAUCUCCUGUCGCAUUUCCUCUCUCUCGUCGCCUUCCCUCUCUCCCGUCGCCUUCCUCUCUCCCGUCGCUUUCCCCAUCUCCCGUCGCCCUUCCUCUCCCGUCGCCUUUCCUCUCUCGUUGCCCUUCCUCUCCCCCAUUGCCCUUCCUCACUCCCCUCGCCCUUCUUCUUCUGCCUCCCGCCGCCCUCGCGUCCUUGUUCCCGUUCCCUCGCUCUCUCCCCUCCCUUCCCAUCGCCCUCGCUCUCUCCUCUCCCUUCCCGUCGCCCUUGCUCUCUCCCCUCCUUUCCCGUCGCCCUUGCUCUCUCCCCUCCCUUUCCGUCGCCCUCGCUUUCUCCCCUCCUUUCCGUCACCCUCACUCUCUCCCCUCCCUUUCCGUUGCCCUCGCUCCAACUCAUCUCACCAACCCCAAUGCCCCUCCCAUCUCCCUACCACUCUGCGGAUUUUGCUCACGCAUCUCUCCUUUUGCGUCCUCAUUUCUGUUGCACUAUAUUUCUCUUCUCUCGUCCCCUGA